AUCAAUCUCAAUUAGAUUCGGGGCGGCCCAAAAAUUUAUCAUUUUCUAAACCUUUCGUAAUCUACGAAAUUACGGGAUCGCCUUCGUUGGAAUACUAAUUCCAUUUUUCAACUUUGUUUUUAUAAAUACAGUUUACGUGCACCACAACUUUUCUUCUUUCCCUUCUUCUUCCCCAAUAAUCUCGCUGAAACUCUCUUGCUCUUGCUUCUAAAAAUCUGUUCUUUGAGACUUUGAUCACACAGUUAUCAAAAUCAUAAUCUCUUCUUUCCUGGUUUUUUUUUUUUUCUUCUUCUUCUUCCCGUUUCACGGUACGUUUACUCUGUUCGAUCACCGAGUGUAUGAUAAAAUGUUUCUGUGAAAUCAAAUAACAUAUCACUUUCUAAUAAACAUCAAAAUUUCUCCUUUUUUACAGAAACAAGAAGUUUUUUUGGGAAAGCCGUUGACUUGACUUUUUCUUUGGGGUGUUGUGUGGGAGCUUAUAGUAUGGUACCAUAAGUGGGAGCUUAUAGUUUGGGGUGUUGUGUGGGAGCUUAUAGUAUGAGGAAAAAUGUUAGAUUUGAAGAAUGCUUCACUGAUUUUUUACCAUAAGUAUGUCAACUGGAUUAAGCUUAAGUAGUAAUGGUUUUUACUAUGUUCAUGUGGGGAUUUCUCUUCCUCUCUGUUUACUUCAUUCCGAGAUGACUUGAGAUUUUUUCAAAGUAUAGUUCUUGGAGUUAAGCUUACCUAGUAAUCACUUUAUAUAACAUCCCUUCGUUUACAUUUGUGCUUUCACCUGGAAACACUUUAGACUUUUCUCUCUUCUGCCGUGUGUAUUUAGUUGUCUAGUCAAAUUUAAGUUGAGUUUAGGCUCUAGUCUUUGGUUUUGGUUAUGGCAGAGUUUGAUUCCAAGGUUCCUGUUUCCGGAAUGAACAAUCAUGUCUUUGAGGCAUGUCACCAUGUUGUUAAGGCACUGAGGGCAUCUGAUAACAACCUGGAUGCCAAUUUGAGAAAGCUCCUAAGUGACCUAGAGAUGCAUUUGUCAACAUUUGGGAUUGCUGAUACCAAAGUUGAAGAUGCAGGAUUCUCUGAGAUCAAGAAGAGAUUCAAAGAAGCUGUGAAGAGAAUCCGCAGUUGGGAGACAAACCAGUCGACGAUGUUUGAAGCUGGUCUGUCUGAAGCUGAUCAGUUCUUUCAAGCCCUGUAUGACGUUCAAACAGUUCUUGUGGGUUUCAAAGCUUUGCCCAUGAAAACUAACCAGAUGGAGAAAGAUGUUUACAACCAAGCUACGGUUGCUCUUGACAUCGCGAUGUUGAGGCUUGAGAAAGAGCUCUGUGAUGUUCUGCAUCAGCACAAACGGCAUGUACAGCCUGAUUACUUGGCUGUUAGUUCCCGUAGAAAAGAUAUUGUGUACGACGAGUCCUUUGUCUCCCUAGAUGAUGAAGUUAUUGUCGAAGCUUCUUCACAUGAAGAUGAUGAACAGAUAUCGGACUUUUAUAAUUCUGAUUUGGUUGAUCCCAUCGUACUUCCUCACAUCAAAGCUAUUGCAAACGCCAUGUUUGCUUGCGAGUAUGAUCAACCAUUCUGUGAAGCUUUCAUCGGCGUUCAAAGAGAAGCUCUGGAGGAGUAUAUGGUUACUCUCGAAAUGGAAAGAUUCAGCUGCGUUGAUGUUCUCAGAAUGGACUGGGAGGAUUUGAAUGGUGCAAUGAGAAAAUGGACAAAGGUUGUUAAGAUCAUUACUCAGGUCUAUCUCGCCAGUGAAAAACAGCUAUGUGAUCAGAUUUUGGGAGACUUUGAGUCAAUUUCUACAGCUUGCUUCAUUGAAAUCUCAAAAGAUGCAAUUCUAUCACUCCUCAACUUUGGAGAAGCUGUGGUGCUGAGAUCUUGCAAGCCAGAAAUGCUUGAGCGCUUCCUUAGUAUGUAUGAGGUUUCAGCAGAGAUUCUCGUGGAUGUCGAUAACCUCUUCCCCGAUGAAACAGGCUCGUCUUUAAGAAUUGCAUUUCACAACCUGUCAAAAAAACUAGCUGAUCAUACAACCACAACCUUCUUAAAGUUCAAAGACGCAAUAGCCUCAGAUGAAUCCACACGCCCCUUUCAUGGAGGCGGGAUUCAUCACCUGACCAGGUAUGUAAUGAACUACUUGAAGCUUCUCCCGGAGUAUACCGACUCACUAAACUCACUGCUUCAGAACAUACACGUUGACGACUCCAUCCCCGAGAAAACAGGAGAAGAUGUCCUCCCUUCGACAUUCUCUCCAAUGGCUAGACACCUCAGGUCAAUCGUCACAACUCUAGAAUCCAGCCUUGAGCGAAAAGCUCAGCUGUACGCAGACGAAGCACUGAAAUCCAUUUUCCUGAUGAACAACUUCCGUUACAUGGUCCAGAAGGUAAAGGGAUCAGAGCUGAGACGCUUGUUUGGAGACGAAUGGAUCAGGAAGCACAUUGCAAGCUACCAAUGCAAUGUCACUAACUACGAGAGAUCCACAUGGAGCUCCAUACUCGCUUUGCUCAGAGACAACAACGACUCUGUAAGAACCCUGAGAGAAAGAUGCAGACUUUUCAGCCUUGCAUUUGAUGAUGUUUACAAGAACCAAACCCGUUGGUCAGUCCCUGAUUCAGAGCUCCGCGAUGAUCUUCACAUCUCGACCUCUGUCAAGGUUGUUCAGUCUUACAGAGGAUUUCUUGGAAGAAAUGCAGUUCGCAUAGGCGAAAAACACAUCCGAUACACUUGUGAAGACAUUGAGAAUAUGCUCCUUGAUCUCUUUGAAUGUUUGCCAUCUCCAAGAUCACUGCGCAGCUCUCGUAAGAGAUGAUGAUGAUGAUGACUUGAGCCUAAUGGACUCCAUCUUUGUUCUUUUGAUCUUUUGUUAUUUACUCACUUAUGCAAUGUUUUGUGAUUGCUUACAUGCAAAUAAAGUUGUAGAAUUUUUAUACUCCAUUGUGGGGAUGUAAUAGUAAUUGGCUAUCUUGUCACUAUGUCAUCUUUGACAUGCUUAAUACAAAUUCAAUGUUUAAGUCGGAUUUAACAUUUAUAAUGACGAUGGUUUUUUGGUUAACUCUAUGGACUCAUCUGAUUUAACUGAGGUAUGGACUUGGGCUAUUUGACUAGGAGAUAUCUUUGGUGACUUCUUACUACUACUCACCUCUGUAUUCUCUGCUGGAUUUUGGCAUAUGCAACAGCAAAGUGUUGUUGAUGGAACAAGUGAAGGAAGUGAGCUAGCAGUGGAAAGAAGACUGGGCUGAUUAUGAAUGUCAGUAAUGACGUCUCUCCCCAGUCAAGAAGAUAACUAGAGAAUUAUGCUUAGAAGAUUUGAUGGUAGCCUUG